AUGGAUCACCCCAACAUCGUCCGGCUCUAUGGCGUCUAUGAGGACCAGAGACACCUUUACCUGGUGAUGGAGCUCUGUCAGGGUGGCGAACUCUUCGACCACCUGUCAGAGGUCUUUGCCCUUGGGGAGAAGGGUGCACGGAUCUGCAUGAGGCAGGUCUUUGCGUCUGUGGCCUACUGCCAUUCCAAGGGCAUUGUCCACCGCGACUUGAAACCAGAGAAUUAUCUCCUCUUGGACAAGAACAGACCUCUUGAGCAGACUCUGCUUAAGCUGAUCGAUUUUGGGUUGGCCAAGAACAUGCCGGAGAAUGGCCUUUUAAAAAGCGCAGUGGGCACGCCCUACUACGUUGCACCUGAGGUGUUGGCACAGGCCUAUACAGAAGCAGCGGAUACGUGGAGUGCUGGCGUCAUGCUGUACAUCAUGAUCUGUGGCGCCCCACCCUUCAACGCGGCGAAGGACAGUGACAUCCUCAAGUUAAUCAAGAAAGGCCAGUACAGCAUGGAGGGUGGGGUGUGGCCGACGGUGAGCGAUGCCUCCAAGAGCCUGAUCAAGGCAUGCCUGGAGAUGGAUCACCAAAAGCGCAUCACAGCCCAAGAUGCUUUGAGUCACGAGCGGCAGCGCUUCAGGCAGUUCAGCAUGGCGAAUCGCUUCCGCAAGGCCGCGCUGACGGCGGUUGCUUGUCAGCUGAACGAGGAUGAGCAGAAGGAACUCCGGGAGAUCUUCAUGAGGCUCGACACGAACGGCGACGGCUAUCUCAGCUUGGAGGAGAUGAAGCAUGCGCUUCAACACCAAUUGGAUACAGCAGACCUUGAGCAGGUCCUGAAAAAUGUGGACUCUAACGGUGAUGGCCGAAUAGAGUACACCGAGCCUUCCCAGCGAUGUCAGAGUUCCUUGCUGCCGCCAUGGAUCAACAUCUUCAUCGCAAUGAGACCAAUUGCUGGGGUGGCCCCGAACUGCUUCCUGAGAUCACUCAGCUUGGGAACUGGGGCUUCUGUUGGCGGCUUCCAUGAGUUUGGCGGAGGGUACGAAAACUCCUCCAUGCGAUCUCUCAGCCAAGAGGAUGGAGAUGGCAAGAUCACCUACGCGGAGCUGCAGCAGGUGCUCGUAGACAACGAGCUCUCGUCUAAGGCUGUGGCUUUCCAAGACGCGCCAGGUUGA